AUGAAUCAUUUGAGGGAAUUUGUGAUCGUGCUGAUCGCAGUGGGGGCGGUGGCUGCCAAUUAUUCGCCAAUGUAUUUACGCGGUGCUCCCGUAAUGCAACCAAGGAUGGCGGCAGCAAGAAAUACAUCUGCUCCCCCACAGUGCCCAAGUGGAAAAUUUGGCGCUAUGUGUCAUGAUUGCAAUACCAUGCUGUUUUGUACUGGUUCAACGACUCCAGUUACCACGAUCACUUGCAGGGAUAAUCCCAGCGUUCCAUAUUGCGUUAACAACCAGUGUACUGCGGUGAAAAAUGAAACCGAUCCAACAUGUGGGGCAGGUGGUACAUGUUCAGUGAAUGGCUAUCAACCAGAUCCCAAGGAUUGCUCGAGGUACAUAUAUUGCAACAAUGGCGAAUCAACCGUCUACGAAUGUCCAUCCUCGUAUGUGUACGACCACUCCACAAAUCUGUGCAAGAAACAAAGUUCGCCAGCCGAUUGCGCGGUAAUGAAUUGCACGACACCAAAUUCUUUCGUGACCUAUUCUCCAGAUAAAUCCAUUUACGCCUGGUGUAACGAAAGAUUAGAACCUAUAGUCUUGAAAUGCGAAGACGAAGUCAACGAAUGGUUUGAUGUUAAAACUUCUUCCUGCAGAAUCGUGUGCAGAAAAGAAGGAGUAUUCCCUGAUCGCAGAGAUUGUACAAAAUAUCAUCAAUGCUUUGUCGUAGGUAUAGAUUGGAAAAUUAAACAUUAUCAAUGUCCCAAAGGAUUAUUCUUCGAUCCUGAGAAAUUACGGUGUGUUUCUGGAACAUGCACACCCGAAAUCACUGAACCUACCGCAGCCCCUGAACCUGAACCUGAACCUGAACCUGAACCUGAACCUGAACCUGAACCUGAACCUGAACCUGAACCUGAACCCAAACCUGAACCCGAACCCGAACCCAAACCUGAACCCGAACCCGAACCCGAACCCGAACCCGAACCCAAACCCGAACCCGAACCCGAACCCAAACCCGAACCCGAACCCGAACCCAAACCCGAACCCAAACCAUAA